AUGCAUAAACCUUCCCUAGCUCAAAUUGUGCACAGCGCAAUUUUUCCACGCCCCCGUACUAGUGAUCCGGCUACUUUCUCAGCUCACAUCACUCGCAAUCUUGUCCCAGAAGUACGGAUAGAGACAUCGACUUUCUAUGGAUCACUGGACAGCAUCGAAGCCCAAUAUCCGGGCCUUGACUAUUCCUACGGCCCCCACCGCAUGAGAUUGAGCCGUUUUCCAUGGCAUCGAAAGCUAUUCAAAGUCUUUGACGAACUUGGUCUGACGGAAGCCGAAAUCUCAUCGCUCUGUAGAUGGGAGGGAACGAAAUCCGCGCGCGAACGUUACGAGAAGGAAGAGGGCAUCAAGGUGCGAGACACAACUGCCGAAGCCAUCCGACCGGCAACGCCGUCCCCGCGGCCUUCUGUUGAGAUCCAUUUCAACGGCAGCUCAGAUACGGUCAAGGAACCUGAGGUGAAGGUGGACGAACCGUUCGAGGAUGUCAUCAACACUGGCCACGCCGUUGACCACCGUGGAGUUGACCGUUUGCCGCAAGUACACAAGGUGGAAGAGGACUCCAGCGACGAGGAGAUGGAAAGCUGUGGGGUGGAAUUGAACCAUCGUCUGCUGGCGGCUACUGCAGCCCGAGAGCAAGGUGUCAAUGUCCCACUCGACGAGGACUGGGAGCAGUGGCUGAAGGAGGCCGGGGAACGCGGAAGUUACGCAGACCUGAUCAAUGCCAUCAGAACGGGCCAGCCGUUGAACUUUCUGUCCCACAUGGCUACACCCUUGGCCCAGUUACGUCGGACAGGCAUCACACAAGUCCCGCCAUCACUCCCAGAACGUUUCAUGACUCCAGCGCCGCCCAGGGUGCUUUCUUCAAAUCUUGGCAUUCAGCGCCCUCCCAACCCUCCUCCAGGAACUGCACGAUAA